GUAGCUAUGUAUUCAGACUGUUUGAGAAUAAUUAAGUAUAAAAAAAUGAAGAUGUUUAGUGUCGUUAUAAAAACCAUUCGAGUUCGAAGUAGGUAAGUUUCAAUAUUUUCAAAGCGCCAGUAAAUUGCGUUGAAUAAUGAUCGAAGACUGUAAUAUUGUGAUAAUGUGAUUAUAUGUAUUCGUAAGACACCAGUCACUCAUUUUCAAGCAACCGACCUACCUGUACCUAUCGUCCAAUUUCACAUUACCAUGGCACAUAACCGAGUAUCACCAAUAUUCAAUGACACUUCACCUCCGAAGGUGCCAAGCCAGGGCAAAGAGAAAGAAAGUUCCUCUCCUGGAUCGCCUGUAAUGUUAGAAAAUUACUUGCCCGGACCACCUGUAAUAUCAGAAAAAUCAUUGAUAGAGGAAGAAUACGAUCCUCACGCGUUUGGAAAAGAGCGUAAUCCGACCAUUUUCUGGGGCCCGAUACUCCAUUUAUUGAAAUACAUCGUUGGAACAGGGGUAUUAAUUCUGCCAUACACUUUCAAAAGCGUGGGCUAUGCUGUAGCUAUUUUUGGCACGAUAUUUGUAUGCGUCCUGUACAUGCACGUGAUACACCUUUUGUUUGAUGUAGAAUACCGACUCUGCAAGAAGCUGAAGACUCCCAAUCUUACCUACAUCGGCAUUGUAGAGGGAGCAUUCGACCAAGGACCACGAUUCUUCCGCAAAUUAGUCCCAGUUUGCAAAUUCUUCGUGUAUUUUCAUUACGUUUUCAACAAAUCGCUGAUGAAUGGCGUCUAUUUAAUAAUCAUAUCGAGUAAUUUUAAAAUCGUGAUCGAUCACUACUACGGUACGAAUACGAGCGUUAUCGCCAUCAUGACCGCACUGAUGGUGCCGCUGAUUGGUCUAGCUUUGAUUCGAGAAUUGAAAUUUUUAGUACCAUUGUCCAUGUUGACGAAUGCGUUCAAUAUUUUCAAUCUCUUGAUAAUUCUUUCCAUUCCGAGCUCUUACAAUGGCGCGGCUGAUAUGAAAGCAGUGAAUGAUAUCACCCAGUUUCCGAAUUUUUUCGCUAUUCUUCUAGGAUCGUUGGAAUGUACAGCCCUCAGUUUGCCUGUAAAAAACGACAUGGAAAAUCCGAAGAGGUUUACGACUUUUUUCGGCGUCCUCAACAUAUCUUUAUCGAUUGCUGCCCUAGUUUAUGGUACUUUCGGUAUACUGGGGUAUGCUAAAUACGGUGAUCAUCUGCAACCGAAUAUUAUGUUCAAUUUACCUCCUGGCGAAAUGAUUCCAUUGGUGAUUCUGAGUUUGCACUCUUUGGCAAUUUGCAUUUCGUUCAUUUUAUUCAUAUAUAUUUCUUACGAUACUGUAUGGAAUAAUUUAUUUAAAGGUAAGAAAAUGAAGCGUCCUCUAGUCAUGGAGUACAGUAUACGAAUAACGCUGUGCAUUUUACCUUACUGCUUCGCACUAGUUAUACCUGAUUUUAAACUACUGCUCUCUCUAACUAACGUAAUAGGUAUAUUGAUGGAUGAAGGUAUACCACCCAUCUUACACAUGCUCUUAUUGGUCAAAAAAGAAGGCCAAAGUAUGCGUUUCUAUUUGAGUUUAUUGAAAGACAUAGCGAUUGUUUUGAUUUGUUUUUGUUUAUUUGUUGCUGCUCUAGUCGAUGUUGUUAAAAAUAUUUUAGCGUUUUAUGUUUAGUUUUUUUUAUACGUUUUGUGAUAUUUUACAAUUUUUUGAUAUACUUACGUGCGAAUAUAAGUGAUUUAC